CUCUGAAGUUCUUGAGUCAAUUGAUUUAUUCACUGGUGCUGAUUUCAGUCAUACGUCAAAAAAUACAAAGUCGUCGUCAGUUAAACCACAAAAUGCGCAAGAAUUUUGUAAAAAACUCACAAAUGGAAUCGGGCAAAGUUCCAUAUCAACAGACACCCCUCCAAAAUCAAAAUCUGGAGACUAUACAAGAUAUCGUGAUCCUACACCAUUUACCGCGUCUAUUGAUAAUCCAUACUCUGAAUCAGAACCGAUCCCACCGCUUUUUGAAGGAGAUUUUGAUCGUUUUGGCACCUAUGCACCAAUGCAAACUCCUAGCCAAGAAAUUAAAAAUCCGCUGAGUGCACGCGUAUCCAAAAGAGGUCUCUCAAUCGAAGAUAUGAGUAAGAAGUAUCUCUCUUGCAAUAAAAUAUGGGAAAAAAUUCAACAAAGUCCAAAUUACGAUGACUUCGAAGGCGAUGUAAUUGAUACUCUUUGCACCGAACUACAAUCUAAGGCCAAGUGUACUGAUCAUGGACUUGUAGUGCCCGAGGAAGAGGUCGAGAAAAUGCUUGGAAAGUUGGAAGAAGAAAAAGAUCAUUAA